UUGCUGUUGCCACCGUGAAAAAAGAACAAAAUCAUCGGAAGCCACUAGAAGGGUGAAUUGACGAAAGAAAAGCAAGUGUUUUUAGAGCAUAUUUUCCCAGUGAAUUUGAUAGUUUUUGGCAAGAAAACAUCGAUAUUUUACACAAAGCUGCACGAGGCGCUUGAAUAAAUUAGAAGUUUGUUCCAAAGAGUGCGUUUUGAAGUGUUUUUCUGCUCGAGAAAGAAUAUUUUUGUUGGCUUCAAAAGGAAUAGUUUCGUUCAAAACAAGCUGGCUACUGUUGCGAUGUCCACACAGCAAAGCCCCGCUAGUCUACAGGCGGCUGCGGCGGCCAAUAGUGAGAAAGUGUUCCAAUGGAUCAACGAACUAUCCAACCCUGAGACACGUGAAACUGCCCUGCUGGAACUGAGCAAGAAGCGAGAGUCGGUGCCGGAUUUGGCCCCAAUGCUGUGGCACAGCUUUGGCACAACAGCAGCAUUGUUGCAAGAAAUAAUCAAUAUCUAUCCAUCGAUAAAUCCUGCCACACUGACCGCACAUCAAUCGAACAGAGUUUGCAAUGCCCUUGCCCUGCUGCAGUGCGUUGCAUCACAUCCGGAAACACGGUCCGUGUUUCUUGCGGCUCACAUACCACUGUUCCUGUAUCCGUUUCUGCAUACCACUUCGAAAACACGACCAUUCGAGUAUUUACGCUUGACGUCGCUGGGAGUAAUCGGUGCACUGGUGAAAACCGACGAACAGGAGGUGAUAACCUUUCUGUUGACCACCGAAAUAAUUCCACUUUGCCUUCGAAUAAUGGAAUCCGGAUCGGAGCUCAGCAAAACCGUCGCGACGUUCAUUUUGCAGAAGAUCCUGCUGGAUGAUAGUGGAUUGUCCUACAUUUGCCACACUUACGACAGAUUUUCCCAUGUAGCUAUUAUUUUGGGAAAAAUGGUAAUCUCGCUCUCGAAAGAACCCUCGGCGAGACUGUUGAAACAUGUUGUCCGCUGCUAUCUGCGACUUUCAGACAAUCCAAGAGCUCGCGAAGCGCUCCGCCAGUGUCUGCCGGAUCAGCUACGUGACGGAACGUUUGCGGCGUGCCUCCAGGAAGAUAAAUCCACCAAGCCGUGGCUCUCGCUGUUGCUCAAGAAUCUGGAAACGGUUGCCGUAGCCACCGAUCCGCGACAAGUCGUUGGCAUGUCACCGUUGAACUCCUAAUGCCAAAAUCUCGUUCAGCGGAAGUGUGUUUGUGAUUGGGCUUGCAAGCAUGGCCACUGCAAAUAUUGAGAGAUAGCGUCGUCCUCCUCCUUUGAGUCACAUCCAUCACCCUUCGAAAGGCAAGCUAUUUGGGUGUGGCCAACGAAAACAAAAACAUGAACAAAAGCAUCGUAAUUUGUUCCUGAACCUAUAUGAACGAACAAUCUCUGUGACUAUCGUAGUCCAAUCGAGACGGAAGCAUUUCUCAAUAGUUUGCUUGCAAAAUUUUGUUUUAAUCUGUCCAAAUUGUCGAACGCGUGCUACACUUAUAUUUAGAUCAAUUUUGUUGAGCAUAGGGAAAACAGACCGAGAAUGUAUUUUUUAGAGGCGAAUGAACUUCAAAGUUUAAAGCCUCUUAAAAACAAAGAAAGAAGAAUGUAUUUCGGGCAAGCCUUCGUUCUGUCAAACGAGGAUACGAAAAAAUAGUUUCAAAUUGUAAACACUCAAACUCGUUCUGAAAUUGUAGCAGUUGAUAUUUAAAUGCAACCGAGAAAAAAAAAUAUGUAAAGAGAACUCUAGUUUAGGAGGGUUAGUAGGAGAAUUUUCCAAGGAAAACGCAAAUUAUUAUGUUCUAGAUUACUGCGAGAACAACAAAACAAAACAAAAAAGCUAUAUAGUCGGUAAGAAUCGUUACUAGGAUAUUUUUGUACUAUCAAUAAACGUAGGUUAAAACGAAACGAGAUGAAAAAGCGGCGCACUUAUAUUAUUACCUAUUCAUAUUUGUGCAACCUUGAAAAGAAAAAAAAAACAAGAACCGUCUGCUGUAGCGGAUUAUUAAAAAAUAACGAGACUGUCGAUGUUAAUAAUUACGAAAGGAUGGAAAUAAAUACUGUGGUAAGCUUAGAAUGGUCGCAAUAUAA